AGCAUAGUAUCUUUAAUUCUAUAUAAAUAUGAAUAUAAAAACUAAAUAUUAUAAUAACUCAAUUAAAUUAUAUGGUUACUUACCCUUAAAGUAAAUUAAGAAUAUAAACAAAUUCUCAGUUUUCUUCAAAGUUUCUCAUAUAAACAACAUUAGUUAACAACUUCCCAACCUUAUCGCACGCAACAUGAGCACCACAGUGGACGACGUAGCACCACCACACACCGGCAAACCCCCCGGAGGUGACGCCUACAUAUUCGUUGUUGCGUUCUUCUGCAUCAUCCUCCUUCUAAUAACUAUCACUUACGCUUCUAACAUCUGCAAGCGCCCUCGGUCACCACCACCACCCAUCAUCUCUUUCGGUGCCACCAGUACCACCUUCGACGUGGCUGACAGCCACCAUCUCAUAAGCUUCUCUCGUGGCCUUGAUGACGAUGUCCUCGUGACUUUCCCCACGUUUCUUUACUCCGAGGUGACGAUUCCUCACAAGGGUGCUACUGACAGCUGUGACACAGCCACCGAUGCCAGCACCUCCGGUUGCUCUAUUUGUUUGGCGGAUUAUAAAUCUAAAGAUGUCGUCAGGUUGUUACCGGAAUGCGGCCAUUUAUUUCAUGUCAAGUGUAUAGAUACGUGGUUGAAGGCUCAUCCUACUUGUCCAAUGUGUCGGAAGGAGUUGACUGAUUGAUGUAUGAGCAAAUUAAUUCAGUAUAUAUGUACAAGUUAAGCUUAUAGUUCAAAAUUUAUUCACUUUUAGAUUC